UUGGAUUGCUCAAUAUUGCAAUUGAAGAAGAUAAUAAUAGAGUCUCAUAUUUGAUACAGAAGGCAGAAAUUUUGGCUGAGAUUGAAUUAUUUUACCUAUUACCACAUCAGAGACGUUGGCAAACAUGGUUUCCUGAAGUAAUACAUUAUUAUGCUGAUGCUGAUAAGACUCGAGUAGAAAUUGAAAGAUUGAUUGAAGAGGGUGAAUGGGAUAAUAAAGAAUUCAUAAAGGUACAAGAAAAAUUAUUAGAAGAACUUCAAAUUAAACAUAAUCCUAUUGACAAUAAGAUAGUAUUGGAGAAAUUAUCAGCAUUAGAAAAAUUAGAAACAUCUUAUCAUGAGAAAUUAGAGAAAUUAGAUAAGUUGGAAACAAUAGAAAAAUCUUGUGAAAAAUUAGGGAAAUUAGAUAAAUUAUCAUUAUGUUAGUUUUAUAAUUUGAUCACUGGAAUU